GUGUCGGGGUGUCAUGGAGCGACAUUUGUCAGCAGACGGAGGACCGGGGGCCGCGGGUCAGGCGUGUCGACGACGUCUUCGGUUGCGUCAGCGCGGCGGGCGGCGCGGCCGCGAGGCGCGAGGGGCGCGCGAGCUGGCGCGGCGGCACUGCGCGGCGCCCGGCGAGGACUCGCGCGCUAACGACCGCCGCGCGCACGCGCCGAUCCACGUCCCGCGGCCGCGACACUCGUCUCUUCUGCAGAGCGAUGUGCUUCAAAGUCAGCUACAUACAGACGGACGCCUGUCUCGUCCGGUGAUGCUGCACUCGGAUCUUACAAACCUACUCAUUCCCUUCACCACGAUAACGAUUGUCUUUCGUGCAGAUGGAGACCAUUAUGACGACCACUAAGCACGAAUAUCACUUCGAAGGCGAGGCGGAUUGCGGCGCGGAGGGCGCGGGCGGCGGCGAGGCAGAGAGCCCGCCCCCCCUGCCGGCGUUCGGCUACGCCCACCAGGGCGGGCUGUCGCCGUCCCACUCACGCAGCUACCAGGAGCUGCGGCCGGCGGCACACGCGCGCGACAUGCAGACCUACCCGCACCUCGAGGAGACGCUGUUCAAGCCGGCGGGCACGCCGGCCUCCACCGACGGCGGCAGCGUGCUCAUCUUCCGCCGGAGCCCCGAGAUGAGCCCGUCGCCGGAGCGCCGCGACGACUACCGCUCUGUGCACCCUUAUGAGGCUUACACGCCGGGCCCGCCGCCCGCCUACGCCCACGAUCACCAUCAUCACGUCGACGGAGGCGGCGGUGGCAGCGGCGUGUACGCCCGCUGCGCGUACCCCGGCAGCGCACCCUACUUCGGCAACGGCGCCGACCUGUCGUCGCAGCCGCAGAUUUGGACCUCUAGUGCAGACGGAUCGCCUUCGUACGGCGGGUCGAGUGGCAGCGCGCCGGGCGCGGUUCUGGAGGAGUAUGGCGACGGCGCCGGCUCGGGCUCUGGAGGCGCCGGCGGCUCACCCGGCAGUGGCGGCGCGUUGCCUGCUUUUAACACCCGCUUCGGUGGAACGCCCUUCGCUUGUGCCACCUCGCGCCCUUCCACAGUCUACGGGACCACAGCUUUGUCUUCUAACGCCUAUGUGCCCCAGGAAGUAUGGUUAGAAGGCAGUCGCCGACAGUACUCUGCUGCCGCCAAUCUCUCAGCAAUCGAGAUGGCGGAGAUUUUCACGGAGGGGCGCGAGUGCGUGAACUGCGGCGCCAUCGACACGCCGCUGUGGCGGCGCGACGGCACCGGCCACUACUUGUGCAACGCGUGCGGCCUCUACAACAAGAUGAACGGCAUGAACCGGCCGCCCAAGCAGCCCCGCCGGCUGGUACGUCAGCGGCACGCGGCGCACGCCGUGCCCGCGCCCGCCAACGACAUGGGAACGAAGAGGCCUGGCCUGUCGUGCAGCAACUGCCACACGACCAUGACGUCCCUGUGGCGUCGCAACGCGCACGGCGAGACCGUGUGCAACGCCUGCGGCCUCUAUUACAAGCUACACAACAUCAACCGUCCUAUGGCCAUGAAGAAAGACUCUAUACAGACGAGAAAGCGAAAGCCUAAGAACAGCCUGAAAGCGGAGCGCACCUUGAAAAAUUUAAGCCAACACUCUCAUUCCACUGCGGUCAAAAUGGAAAAUCUCUUGGACGCGGGAGCAACGGCGGCGUCGACCGUGGGCGAGAGCAGUCGGGGGCUGUCACUGGGCUACUACGUGCAGCAGCAGCUGAAGCGGGAGCAGCCGCCGCCGGCACACGGUGGCGCACUGGCGCACCACGCGCACGCGCCCGCGCUGCUGCACCACGUGCACGCGCAGCAACUCUACGAGGACGAGUUUCGACGCGCGCCCGAGUCCGCUGAUCGCCUAGAACGCCCCACCGUCGUCUCCAUUGGAAGCUGAGCUCGUCCUCUGAGAAUCCUGACACCUCCGACGAGUCGCUCGAGGCGAACCUUUCAAGGACCGCGACGACGACUACGGCAAUCUAUCAAUGGUGUUUGCGUGAUCGUUCAAAUAAAGAAUGAGUUUCGGAGACUUUGGUUAAAAAACCUACUUAGUACCUACCUACCUAUGUGCUAAACUCAAAUCAGGGUACAAAAGUACAAUGUCAUAAAUAUUUGCUGUUGUUAUACGUAUAAGUAGCGAUUCAUUAAUAUGUCAUCAACGUGACACUACGGCGGAACAAACUGGAGUUAGCUAGGAAGACUCACCGACUCCUUGCGUAAAAUAAUAUGUUUUAAACGUUGAGAAUAAUAAUAUAGAAUCUCACUUAGUUAAGCAAUUGCUUUAUUUAGUAAAGUAGUUUAGGUUAGGAAUAUGAGCGAGUUCGACCAAAGAGUCGUAGCUAGUUGACCAAAUAUUCAAUGUGUACAGUCGGAUAAUUAUAACUUUGUAAAUAUUUACACCUUCCGUAUUCGAGGAUAAUUUACUAGACACGUUAAGACUUUAAACUUAUAAUAUACAUAAAUAUGUAUGUACCUAGGUAUAUAGUUUUAUCUAAAUGUCUAAGAUGAAAAUGGUCCGCCAGAUUGAAGGUCACAGUUUAUGUUGUCCGGUGCGAUGUAAUCAUUAUUUAGUUUAUGUAGGUUAUUAAGUUGAUAUAUUUGUAACUGCAAUUACAUUAGGUAUAAAAGAUAAUUACUGACAACAUAAGUGAGACGAAUUUAAGUUAAAAUACUGAGCGUCACAUUUAGUUUAAUUGUUUGUUUAUUUUUGUUACCAAAUAUUAAACUCUUAAAUAGUAGGAGUAGGACUGCCUUAAGCAUUCCUUCCACACGCGCUAGUGCUAGACGUCAGCCGGCAUCAUCCCGCCAUACCUGUGUAAAACGCUGCAAGGAGGCUAUCGUCAUGUUUUAUAUUACCAACUUCUUGUUGUAGUGUAACGCCAAACUCCAUGACUUUGUUAAACAUUCCUUAAAUUUAUAAGCAUUAUAGAAAUCAUAAGAUAUUUUUUUUUGUUCAAUGCCUGCACCUAUCACUGUUUCUGUUUAGCCUGGUGGUUGACUGGUAGAGAAUGCCUUUAGGCAUUAAGUCCGCCAUUUGUACUUUAUUUGUUAUAUUGUACAAUAAAGUUUAAAAUAAAUAAAUAAUAAAUAAGAUAGUCUCUAAUUCGACUGAUACUUGUAUAAAUGAAGAUGGAUUGUGUAUAAGCAACGUUUUUGAACUCGCAUCAACUAAUAGACGUGAAGUCGUGAACGUACACAGUAAAUACACAUAUUGUAUUGUAUGCUGAAACAUUCCUUCCCUAUAUUUUAUUUAUUGAAGUUUUUGUGUGCCGGUAAAUGCAAUACAUACAGUGAAUGAAAAUUUCCAACUUUACCCUGCAGGAUAAAGGUCGUCACUGAUCAAACAUUCAUCAAGAGCAAAAUGGCUCUGUGUAUAACGUAUUCACUCAUUAAGAGCAAAACGGCUCUGUGUAUACCGUAUUCACUCAUCAAGAGCAAAACGGCUCUGUGUAUAGCGUAUUCACUCAUCAAGCGCAAAAUGGCUCUGUGUAUACCGUAUUAGUAAUCAGUGAUAAUCAAACAAUGAAUUAAUAUCUGAGAACUGCCCGUUUUUUCCAUUAUGUAUAAUUUUUACAUGAUUUUUCAAUAGGGACAAAUGGGUUCUCUGCCUUUUCGCCGAAAAUUGUAUUGCUGAAUUUCACUUACCAACCAACUUUUCGCAGAAGUCUCAUUUGGCCGAAUUUCAUUUCCCAACUUUACAUAAUCCAACCUAACCUAACCCAACCUAGUAAGUCAUUUUCAUUUUCCAACUAUGGGGUUGGGAAAUGAAAUGGUUGCGAAAUAAUUAUUUGGUAAAAGUUAUUCGGCCAAAUGAGACUUCUGCGAAAAGUUGGUUGGCAAGUGAAAUUCGGCAAAACAAUUUUCGGCGAAAAGGCAGGAUCCCGGACAAAUGGCACAAUUACCCUCCACGGCGAUUAUGGACGGUAUAACGGUACAAUGUUGAUAAUGGAAUUUCAUGCUUAGUAAUAUAGUUACGGUCAGGCAAAUUGAAUAUCUAAUGACGCACUUUAAUCGAACGUUGUCAGAAUGUGCCGUUAAGCAAAGAGUAACUUAAUGCGGCUUGGUAAUACGGUGUUACUGCCAUAACGUAGUAUUCCAACACGUAGAAAUUCUACCCUCAUUGAUAAAUUGCACAUAAGUUGUCUAGCUAAACCCGGAACGGAGUGGUGUCGCCCUUAUUGACAACUGACAAUGUGAUAGGUACCUUUAGGCUGAAAACGUUACACAUAUAUAAUAACCCCGAUAAAUUUAACAUGAUAUUAACAUCUGUACAUUAUUAUUUAUUAUAUUAUUUGUCUGGACUUACCUUCAGUGCCUUUUAGAUUGUACGCUAGAAAAUGAUGUCUGUGAAAAGGUACGAAAUGGUACAUUGACCGUAACACUGUUAACCGGCUGUUAAGGAUUUCAAUAACACUAAUUUUAUUUUUUUCGAAAAUAUGAAUAGUUCGGUCUUAAACAAAGGCUGCAAACAUAUUAGACGAUAGAUCUGAUUAUAACCUCUCUAAAGUGUCAUGAAAGAGUUCCUUAUAUUGUUGAUGUAACUCGUUUGUAUUUUAUUUGUGUAGUAAGAAACUGCAUGUUAAAGAAGAAUAUUAUUAAUAUUAUUAUAUGUAUUAUGACGUCAAAUAAAAUUUAUACUGGCAUUUGAUUUAGGUAAUUUGAACGAGCUGUAUGUGAAAGAAGUGGUUUUUGCUGGCAUUAACUGAAAACGUUUCCUAUUUCCUAACGUUUGGUAUUUAUAAGUAAAUAAAAAAUAUACAUUUUAGCUGAUGCCAACAUUAGCCACCCCUUCUUUAUGUUACACCGUGUAAAUAUUAUGUUAGCGAUGCUUUCAAUUAAAUAACUACCCUCAA